AUGUGGAAAAGGUUCUACUCUUGCAAACCAAAGUCAAGGAAUUCAUGGCAGAUUUUAGGAGCUCUUAGGAUAAGAGCAAAAACAGACAUAAAUAAGGUCACUAAAGGUUUUAGUUCUUUUUUGAAAGCCGAGAAAGAAGCUCUAUCAAAAAUAUGUGUUGAUAUCAAGCUUGAUAACGUCAAUCUUAAGUCAACCAUCACCACUCAACUUAAUAAGUUAAAGGCAGACACGACAAUAGAAAAUAAAAUCAUGGAUGCCUUAGCAGAGCAAACUCAUAAAGCAAGAAUUUUGACUGAAAACUUGAAGAAUGCUAAAUAUGAGGUCCUUAGGCUACAGGGGGAGAAGUGUUCUGUGAAGGCUUGCAAUUCCAAAAUCCAUCAACGACUGUUGAGAAUUGUUUAG